AUGAGGCUUCGACUGACGGUGCAGAGAAACGGCCUGCCUGCGGCCAACGUCGUGUGGAGUGUGCCCGAGACCAACAGCACACAGGCAUACACCGUCACGCGUCUGCUCGAAGACGUCAACCUCAUCAUACCGCUCGAGGCAGAGCACUGGGGGCUGGAGCACUAUGUCGUCGAGGUGGGCGGCUUCGAGUGUCUGCACUUUAUGCCCGUCGCCCAUGCGCUCAAGGAAGACGACCAUGUCUCCAUCCGCCCACUCAUGACUGCCGAAGUACGCGCGCGUACCCUCACCGGCCGUGACCAAAUCUCAGAUGGAGGCCAGCACCUCGUCGACGGCGUUCCCUUUGGCCGGCCCUACCUGCGACAGCCCAACCGACCCGCCGUUCGCAUACCGCCGCGCAAACGACGCCGACUGGACGACGUCCAGGCCGACGACGACACCCAAGCUGUCGGCCUGCUCACAGAACACGGAGACACCAUGCUCAACAACCAACAGCGGCCAGCCAAGUCAGUGCAGUUCAAGCAGCCAGAGAUAGAAGCAUCUGAUGACAGCGAGGAAGACGAUGACGACUUUGCCCCUGACGAGGCACAGGGCGAGACUUCGUCUUCUGAUGCGUCGGAUUCCGACUCAGAAUCAGAAUCAGACGUAGACGUAGGCGCAGUCACAAAGUCGCAUGGCUCAUCUAGCGGUUCAGACACUUCAGAUUCAGAUUCAGAUUCAGAUACUUCGAGCGACGCAAGCUCCCCACCCGAUGUCUUGUCAUCCAAGGACGGUCGCAAGACCAGUCCAGGUACACAGCAUGUACCCCCUGGACAAGGUCUAAAAGCUACCAAGCUGAGGAACGCGCGACGUACAAAGGCUAACCGUCUGCGCAGCCUCAAAGCCUCGGGUAAGCUUCCUGAGAAUGCAACACUCGCGCAUCUGGUCGACUAUGAACAAGGAAGAUAUGGUCAAACCGAAGAAGCGGAUCAAACACGGCCCUUCGCCAAGUCUCAAGGCAAGAGAAAACGGCUAGAUGAAGACGAGCCGACAGAGGAGGUUGCCGACGAUACAACAGAGCUUGAGCGAAGGAAACAAGAUCUGAUGGCCAAGGUUGGACAAAGUUCAGAUGCGACAACACCGGCAGACGAGCCUAUACAGUCAACGACUCCGGCUAUAGAAGAGGCAGAAGUAUCACUUACCGCUCUAGCUGAAGAGACACAGCCAGCAAAGAAAGAGGCACUCUCAAGAAGGUUGCGACCAGAUACUCGUGCCAUUGGUCGAAUACUUGCUCGGCAGGCUGCACCUGUUCUCAGGAAGACCAGGGCCAAGGCAGCACCUGAAGAACCUUUGGAGCCCGAGGGUGCCUCUGAUCCCGACUUUUGGAAGACACGGGUCAAUCUCUCUGCAUUCGAAUGUUGGGAGGAAGAUUUUGAGCUGAGCGCUCCGCCGUUCCCAUUCCAGCAGCACUGGGACCCAGCCAGCAAGCUUAUGCGCGACAAAGCUGCAAAGAAGAAGCAGAAGAGGCGAAACUACGUGCUGCAGGAAGCAACGCCUGAGGAAGAGGAAGAGGAGGGAGAAAAGAUCAUAUUAGACUAUGACGAUGCGCCUGCAACUAACCCCGACUCCGAGACCAUACAUGCAGCACUAGAAGACCAGUUACGUCAGGAUCUUGCCAUGGCUGCGCAGUCUGAUCUACCACCGCUGCCUCAAGACAUGAGCACGUUACCAGAUCUCACCUCGUCCGACAUGAAAGCCGGCGCCAUUAUCGCAUGCAAAUUCUUCACCGUCAAUCCUGUCACCGUCACACCAGAGAUUAGUAAUUACAAAACAGCUAUUGUUGAGCAAGAAGGCGAUUCGGGACCUGGUGCUGGAACGAUACAGCUAAAAAUUGCUUUGCGCGACCUCCCGAAAAGGGAGAAGAAGUUCGAUAGCAAAGGUAACCGCAUCUACAACGCUGCCGACGCGCUUUUGAUGGAAGAAGACGAAGAGGAAGAAGACUUGUGGGAAGGCCAAUUCGGCGAGCUUCUAGAAGCGAAGCUUGUGAAGGCUGCGUAG